GUUAGUUCCACUUUUUCCUUUCUUUAUUCUAAUUAUUGUCACUCACUCCCUCUCUUAUCUAUUAAGCAAACAGAGCCUAAAAGUCUCUCUCCCUCCCUCCCUGUCGCUGUCCCUCUCCCCUUGCCUUUCAUCAAAAGCAGUGCAACAGGAAGGGAAGGAAGGAAGGAAGCAAGGAAGAAGCAUAAUUUUCAAAAUAUCGAGAAAACAAGAGAAAAAUGCCACCACAUGGUCACCCCAGCAACGGCGAGAACCCUACAAGACAACGGCCACUACCACCGCAUUCAAACCAGCAACAGCAGCACCACCACCCGUACUACUCAUCGGCAUCAUCUUCGUCAGCUUCCUUCAAAGGGUGCUGUUGCUGCCUCUUCCUCCUCUUCUCCUUCCUGGCCCUCCUAAUUUUGGCCGUCUUUCUUGUCAUAAUCCUGGCCGUCAAACCCAAGAAACCCCAGUUCGAUCUCCAGCAGGUUGGAGUCCAGUAUAUGGGCAUUACCGCGUCUAAUCCUACAGCCUCCAUGGACCCCACAACCGCAACCACAACCACACCUGCCACUGCUUCUCUCUCCUUAACCAUUCACAUGCUGUUCACUGCUGUUAACCCGAACAAGGUAGGGAUCAAGUACGGGGAGUCCAGUUUUACUGUCAUGUACCGUGGGAUUCCUUUAGGGAAAGCUUUGGUUCCUGGGUUUUAUCAGGAAGCUCACAGCCAGCGACAGGUGGAGGCCACCAUAUCCGUUGAUCGGUAUAGCUUGAUGCAAGCUGAUGCUUCUGAUUUGAUCAGGGAUGCCUCGUUGAAUGAUCGUGUGGAGCUCAGGGUUCUGGGUGAGGUUGGUGCCAAGAUCCGUGUUCUAGACCUUGAUUCGCCUGGUGUUCAGGUAUCAGUGGAUUGUGCAAUAGUGAUAAGUCCCAGAAAACAGUCUCUUACUUACAAGCAAUGUGGAUUUGAUGGAUUGAGUGUUUGAGGCACCACCCCGCCACCCCACCCCACCUUCAGGGAGGGAAAAAACAUCUUUUUUUUUUCUUUUUUUCUCUCUACAAGCAAGGAGAGAGAUAGGAGAUGGGGAGGGUGUCACCGAGAAACAAAAACAGAAGGGUUAGAAGGGUAGAAGGCAGGGCAAACCAAUAUCUUUCACAUGCUUGGAUUGGAGCUAGUUCAAACUUCGAAGGCACGAGGCAAAGAGCUAGAGCUAAGAAGAGGAAGGGGGAGGAGGGGUAAAUAUUUUACACUUCUAAAUGGGAGGCCAAAAGGUUUUCCAGCCCAUGAUUUUACUGAUUUUUGUAUUCUUUUAUGGAAUGAGAAAUUAAACUGCUGACUGCAUGUGAAAUUCCAAAACAAAUGUAGUGCUCUACCUCUACCACUAAUUGCAGCUGCCUCAUUUUCGCAA